CUCACCAGCGAAAAUGGCCAGUCUACUACACUCCAAGCACGAUCACCAGUCAAUUACCCCCCAGAAUGAGAAGGGCGCUGGAUAGUCAAGCAGAGGUUGCUUUUAUCGGCGCUGAAAAUGGUCGACGGCUUGAGAGUCCCUCCCCUUUCAUCAGGGUAUCACGUCGAAAACUGAGACCGUUCUGGCUAUUCGAGUUCCAGAGGAGACUAUUUGGGCCUGGGGACGCAAGGGUACUGCAAGCCAGUUAUUACAUGGCUUUGAGGAUUGUGAAAAUGCCUAGAGUCGAUCGAGGAUGAAGAGGAUGCUCGGCCGUUGGUUUCGCUGGUUGAUGAGCACAGUUGAGCUUGCUUAGUCCUAUAGAUUUACAUAUCAGAGUUUCGGGUCAUCCUUACUCCUUAUCAUCGGCCUUGUUACCUCUUGAGCUACUUGUUUGCUGCUU